AUGAAGGUUCGAAAAACAAGUGUACGAAUGGCUGCCAUAAAAGAAUAUCCCUUUGAUCUUAGUGAUUUACAAAAUCAAAAUAGCGACACACGAACUACGAAACCGACGGAUCAACUGACAGGAAACCAAGGCAACACAUACUCAUCUCGAUCCGCCACUCCUGACGGCAAAAGAAAAGUCUCUAUCAUGGCUGACGAAAGCAGCAAGGACAGAGAAAAUUUACCUUCCGAAAGG